AUGGCGUCUUUCCAAGAUGCGUGGCAGACUGCGCUCGACGCUGAAAAGGAGCUCUUGCAGCGCCUCGUUGAGAAGGAUCCCACUUUCGCCGAGAUCUCCCACUUUCUGUCGGAAUUCCGCACCGCUUGCCAGAACGCUAUCCUCCUCGACUUCGAGACCGCCCGCGACGCCGAUGUCGAGGGUCGCCUGUGGGAUGCGCACCUAAAAUUGAAUACUCGGUUUCGCAAGCUGCUUUCUCGCUACCGCGAGGAAAACGCUAAAAAGAAGCCCGUCGAGAAACGCAAGCUAGAGAAGCACUAUCUGGACUUCAUCAAAUCGAGUCAGCGGUUCUACCGUGGAUACAUCCAGCACCUCUCGUCGCACUUUGGAGGCAUUGUGGAACUGGACAAGGUCGCGCGCAAGUUCAAUUAUGAAAAUUUAUCGGCGCAGCCCUCGUCCAUCGUUACACCUGAUUUGCACAAACGCAUCCUCCAAUCCUGCCAUGCAACACUCAUUCGGCUCGGUGAUCUAUCGCGCUACCGAGAAACUGAACUCGUCGCCAAGGACCGCAAUUGGGGCCCGGCAAUUGGAUACUAUGAUUUGGCUUCGGUGAUAUACCCCGUCUCUGGCGCAUCGCACAACCAACUGGCUGUCAUUGCCCUGGCUGAUGGGAACCACCUCCGUGCCACCUAUCAUCUUUACAGGGCGUUGUCGGCCCAAGACCCGCACCCUUCAGCAAAGGGAAACCUGGAGAUCGAAUUCCGCAAGAUAAUGAAUCUGUGGGCCAAAAGGGAGCUGAUUCGUCCUGAGGAUGCUGGUAUUCCCGGCAGAGCCUUGGCUCCUUGGUUCGUCUAUCUCCAUGCACAGUGCUACAAAGGGACCGAUUUCCCCGAGCAUGAUGAAUUGGAGAGCGAGGUUAUGAGUCAAUUGGCUGUUGACAUCAGAGAACGUACUCUUGAGGGAACUCUCCAGAAACUCUGCCUUAUCAACAUUGCCGCCGAAGACCUCGCUCGAAUCCGGUCUACUGAGGAGUCUGUCUCAAAUGCGCGUUCCUUUUUCCAAAGGAUCAACGUGAAGACAUUCUUCACCUUGUUGCAGAUCCUUCUGGUGGAACUGGAGCGGUUUGCCGCUGAGGAUUCAAGCACGAGCGGCACCGAUACCCCCAAGAAUGGUCCGGAUAAGGUGACAGUAGUUGCGCGACGCAUUCUCCCUGCGCUUCGCCAUUACAGCUCCUGGCUUCUGAUUACUAGUGACUUCCUUGUCGCGCAAAAGGAAGAGAAGGACUCGACUCUCUCCAUCCAGAUCCAGGAGUUCUGGAAAAUAUAUGCAGGCACCCUUACCCUCCUUGCGUCUACCUUCGAUGUUGUACAUCUCCCCGAGAUCGAUUACCUUCUGGAGGAAGACGAAGAGAGUCUUGGGUUUGCACCCUUGGAUCAGGCGGCAACCUCUCGCCGAUACAUUGGUAUGGGUGACAAUGUCAAGCCUCGCGUGCAUGAUCCUGGUGUCGAAAGAAGCCACCCGAACGAGGAGAUGCUCUACCGAAUCCGCGAGUUCGUGAUUGAUGGUCUGGACCUGGUCGUCAGAAGCAAAAUCCCCAUCACUCUUGUAGAUGACGAGGAUAAGAAGACAUUCAUUUACCAGGAGGAUGGACUACCCUCUCAAUUCUUCUCGAGCCCUCAUGGUCGUCAGCACACUCUGUCGACCCCGAUUAUCGAGCGAGACGAGAUCCCGCAGCCAACACAGGACUUAAACUCUGCUGUUGAGGGUCGCAGCCUGUUUGGUGGCUCUCAGUCGGCGUCGGCGUCCAUGUCUGCCAAUAUGCACGGCAUCGUUGAAGGCGUGGAGCGAUUAGUUGAGUCCGAUACUUACGAGAAUUCCCCGGAUCUCUCAAAUCAGUUUUCUUACUUCAAUGACACGGCAGAGAUGCCCACGCCUUCUGCGCGAAUGGCAUCAAGCGCCAAUGCUUUCGCUUUCAACGAGAGAGCCCCGCGGCAGCUCACGACUCCAAUUGCCCCGCCGGGACUUGGUCCACCUGCCGUCAGCGCCGCCGAUUCUCUUCGCGGAUCUAUCUCCCAAGGCUACGGAACUCUGCCUGCCCUCCCGAGUAUCUGGAACACCUCGUCUCCAGGUCCACUGAGAGAUGGAUCCUCUCCCCGAACCCCUCCAGGUCUGGGAGGGCAAUCCCCAAUGCACGCGAUGGGUCCAGCAGGCAUGAACGCUUCAGACCGGUCCCCAUCCCAGGAGCAGAUGGCACAUGAUCUGCUCCGUCAGAGUAUUAUGGGCCAAACUCAGCUCUCGAACCCGAUGGUCCCGUCCGGCUCUAUUCCGUCAUCGUGGAUCCCUCCAAGCAACCUAUCCGCGACACAGCCACGACCCACGGUCAACAGCUGGGACCGUGACAUCGGCCGAAUGACCUUUGGCUCCUACGAGCUCCCUAGCCAGCCAAUUUCCAGCGGCAUGACAGGUCAGACCUGGGCAAACGACGCCUUUGUCGCAAGCAGUCUGGCCUCCGGCGCCGGCCACUACAACUCAGCAUUCAGUGGCCACCGCAAGCCAAGUACCCAACUCGGCGCAAUCGGCCAGACUCCGCCUUGCGGCCAGGGCGGUUGA